CCCAGUGGUUCGGCCUCUCUUCUAUGGAGUACCCGCCCCACCUCCGCUUGCUCCGCAUUGGUCCGAGGGCGGCGCCCUCCGCCUUCCGAGUUGCGCUUGGAAAUCACCGGCGCUUCUUGGCUCUUUGCGCGCUCCGCGGUUGCCAGCCAUGGCAGGAAAAGCUCACCGACUGAGCGGCGAAGAGAGAGAACAGCUCCUGCCAAAUCUAAGGGCAGUAGGAUGGAAUGAGGUGGAAGGCAGAGAUGCUAUCUACAAGGAGUUCCAUUUCAAGGACUUUAAUCGGGCCUUUGGAUUUAUGACCAGAGUAGCUCUACAAGCAGAAAAACUGGAUCAUCAUCCUGAAUGGUUUAAUGUUUACAACAAAGUUCACAUAACCUUAAGCACGCACGAGUGUGCUGGCUUAUCUGAACGGGACAUCAACUUGGCCAGUUUUAUAGAGCAAGUUGCAAACACACUGGCCUAAAGUGCUCAUCUCAUCUUUGUCUGUAAAGGUAGCUCCUGCAUCUUAACCUGUCGGAAAGUAUCGCAACAAAUUUAAUCUAGCCUCUGUAUCCAGCUAAUAUGGGAGAGCCCAUCUUUUUUUUAAAAGCUUCACACAUAGGGUCACACAUUGCAAUGGGCACCAGUGCUGUGAAUUCAUCUGUUAUCCAUGAUAAAUCUGUCUUGUGUCAAUAGCUGUCUCUAGGGUUCUUUCUGUAACCCUGUUUAGCAGUAUUAAGUAGGUGCAGAGAAGUCCGCCUCUGGUUGUCAGUUUUAAUAAAGCCUCCUCUCAUACACAA